UUGUCCUGUGGCGGUAAGCCCUAACUUGUUAUAGCGGACCACACCGCAUGUAGCUACAGCUACACACGCUCAAUAUCGUAAUUACUAAUCAUGGGGAAACUAUUUUUUUGCAACGGAAAGUAUCCCCGCAGUUGUACGUAAUCUACAGUAGCCGUUCAUGUACUGUGACGUUUAUUAAUUUCGGCAACCGCGCGAUGUUAGCAAACACUUACUUUUGGUAACGUUACCGCUUUCUUUUGCUCCAAAUGUCACAGAAGGACGACUCUGAAAAUGACAUUUGGGAAUAUAAACCUCUCGAGAAGAAAAAGAAGAGACACGAACCACCCGCUGUGACUAAAAGAAGAUGUACUGUGAGAAAAACCUCCAAGAGAGACGCUUCUGUCCCGGUCAAGUCACCUGAUAUUCCCUCAAAGUCAUCAUCUACUAGUGAUACAGUGCAACCAGACAAUGCUGCUGAGGGACCUUCCUCUGGAGACUUUUGCCCCAUGUGUCAGAUGCCCUUUUCCAUUUUGGUGGUACAGACUCAAAGAUGGCAUGUUGCUGAAUGUCUUGACACCUCCAGGGACUCGUGCAAAGAAUGUCCAAAUGGCCUUCAGUGCUUCUCCGCCAUUCCAACCCAUUAUAAGAAAUUCAACCACACCCUCCUGGCCCAUAGUCGAGCAAACAGUGACACAGCCCUCCGCAGUCUGUCCCAGCAGGCAGAAACACUCAGUUGUGCCCCAGGACUGAUAAACAGUGAGGUGGAUGGCUCUAUUUUAGAGACUUCACAGGGAAGUGCUCUCAGUCUUUCUGCCUUAUCCAAUCGUAGCAUCUCCCCUCCCCGUAAUCACAUUGGAACGCCUCCAUCUAAACUUACAAAUGGACUUCUGCUACUGCGCUCACCUGGCCCAGAGGAUUUUAAGAAAAAGAAAGGCUGGUCGCCCUCCACUAAAGGCCAAACGUCUAUCAGUUCUUCCCAAGAAAGUAGAACAGAGCUUUCAUCCACUCCUGUCAAGGCAGAGAGUGGAAGACAAGCUUGUGAAGGUUCCCCCAAAAGUGAAUCUGUGAACGAUGAUGCAAUAUCCUACUCUCCUCUUUCUGAAUUCCCUGCGGAGACUGAAGUCAGUAAUAGUGAAUGUCACAAAGCACUUUUUAAGAAAGAUGCAUUUGAAAAUGUGGCUGAAAACUCGAUGGUGCUGUUAAGUGACGGUUUCUCGAGUGACGAUGAGAUCCUCACUGACUUUAUAGAUAAUUUGGAAACUAAUAAUGUGCAGGUGAAGGAGCCGGCGUCCUCAAACACCCAGCUGCAUUCAGUUACCACUAAUCAGCCAGCUGCCGCCACAGUUGCUGAAAACCGAGUUGGUGAAGAAGAAGCUCGCGGUGAAUCUACCAGUGCCAUCGGUCCACGUAAACGCAGCAUUCAGUCUCCUCAAAGUAUUGUGUUAGAGCGCCUGAGAGAAACUCUUUUAAGCUCAGAUAGCCUGCCUUUAAAGAACUCGAAUGACGGCAGUAUUCCAGGGCCUUCAUCACAAGCCUCCAUUGUCCAGAGAUCUCAAACAACCAUGUCGCCACAGAAGGUUCAGAUCAAGACUGGUCAGGCCGCCUGUCUGAAGCAGACGGACAUUGGGGUGUUUUUUGGCCUCAAACCCCUCAAGGAGAAGGAGAAAGUGUCUGAGAGUGGACCAAAUGAACUCAGCACUGUUCCAGUACAGAGGAGAGAGAGGCAAAGAAAAAGUGGGGCUGACACAACCGCUGAUUCCUCACAGGGCGCAGUGACUGGAGAUAAUAGAGAUGCAGGGAAAGGUAGGACCAGAGGAUGGAGAGGAUGGAGAGGAGGAGGAGGAGGAGGAGGAGGAGGAGGAAGAUGGAACAGAGGGAGCACCGCUGGAGAAGUGGAGUCAUCACGUUGUCCUUUCUACAAGAAGAUUCCAGGCACAAAGUUUGUCAUAGAUGCCUUUCACUAUGGAGAGGUCCAGGGCAUCACUGCCUACUUCCUAACACAUUUCCACUCGGACCACUACGGAGGUUUGACCACAAAGUCCACAUUUCCCAUCUACUGUAACAGAAUUACAGGGAACCUGGUGAAGAGCAAACUGCGGGUGGCUGAGCAGUAUGUCCACAUCCUCCCCAUGAACACCCGGGUCACCGUCAAGGGAAUCGCCGUCAUCCUGCUGGAAGCCAACCAUUGUCCAGGAGCUGCCAUGCUGCUCUUCUUCCUGCCCGAUGGACAGACAGUCCUCCACACCGGAGACUUCAGAGCCGAUCCCUCAAUGGAGACCUACCCUGAAUUACUCGGAUGCAGGGUGCAGACGCUCUACUUGGACACCACCUACUGCAGCCCUGAGUACACCUUCCCCAGACAGCAAGAGGCCAUCAACUUUGCGGUCAACACAGCCUUUGAGCGGGUGACGCUCAACCCACGAACACUUGUGGUGUGUGGAUCCUACUCCGUGGGAAAAGAGAAGGUCUUUCUGGCUCUGGCAGAGGUCCUGGGCUCUAAAGUGUGUCUCUCUCGAGACAAACACAACACCAUGUGCUGUCUGGAGUCGGAGCAAGUCAGGCAAUGUAUCACCACCGACUGGAAGGCAGCCCAGGUCCAUGUGCUGCCCAUGAUGCAGCUCUCCUUCAAAGUAGGUGCAGCAGUCUCAUUGUUAAGAAACAAAGUACACCAGUGAUUAGAGUAAAACCACGAGCAGACGUAUGUCGUCAGACCAUGUCCCCCAGGGCGUUUCUAUAUUUAUUCAC